AUGAGCAGAGAGGACUGUGAUUUCAGAGAGGACUGUCACAUAAGUCAUUAUUCACACAAGAUGCUCAGGACUGCUGCUUGUUUGGUGCUUGUUUUCUCAGGUAUGUGUGAGGGGAUCUUACCUCCUGGACCCCUUAGCGGAGCUGUGGCAGGCACGGUGAAGUUCACCACCACCCUCAGACCUCCAGAGAAGCCAUUUAUGUCAGUCAGCUGGAGCUUCAAAGGGGUGAACAUCAUCACCUCCAGCAGCAUCAACAUCACAGACCCAGGACAUACCAAUAGGAUCUCAUUAGACAGAGCCACGGGGUCCCUGGAGCUCAGGAACCUGGUGCCAGAGGACAGCGGGGAGUACACUGUCACCAUUGUACCAGACGGAGAGCCGCAGAAACAGGGGAAGACCUUUCUGAAUGUGUAUGAGCUGGUGACCGAAGCCGUCAUCCGCAGCCCCGAAGCCGUCUUGAUCGAAGAUAAAAGCUCCACCAACCUCAGCUGCGAGGCCUCCGGCUCCAUCAGCACCAGAGUGUGGAUGAAGGAUGGUCGGCCUCUCCGCCCGAGCGCCAGGGUCAGCUUCUCCGUGGGCAACAGGACCGUGUUCAUAGAGCCUGUUCACAGCUCCAGCCAAGGCACCUACCAGUGCCGAGUCAGCAACCCAGUCAGCACCAUGACUGCGACCCAUAAUCUCAUAGUCAACUUUGGACCACAUAACAUAUCAAUCACUGGACCGUCAGCAGCAGCACCUGGCCGUAGAGUGACGCUGCAGUGCACAGCAGACUCCGUCCCACCGGCAAACUUCAGCUGGAUGUUCAACGGCAAUGAGACACGUGUUAAUGACUCCAUGUAUAUUAUAGAGCGGUUGGAGGCAGAAAGCAUUGGGAAUUACACCUGCACUGCCAGAAAUAUGGUGACCAUGUUGGAAAACUCUACAGUUCUAAAUCUGAGAGCAUCCUGCAAUGCUCCCUGCUGGUCGUUUAUAGCGCUGCUGAUCAGUGCGCUGACUCUGAGAGGGUUGAUUUAA